UCCUGCAAGAUGAUGAGUUCUAAUCAGGAGGAGGUCACUUUGGGCGCUUUUCUCCAGUACAUUGAAGAUAUGGGGAUGAAGGCCUAUGAUGGCUUGGUUAUACAGAAUGCAUCAGACAUUGCUCGAGAGAAUGAUCGCAUGAGGAAUGAAACAAACCUGGCUUACUUGAAAGAAAAGAGCGAAAAACGCCGAAAACAAGAAGAAGCAAUAAAACGCAUAGGUGGAGAAGUAGUGAGAGGAAAUGAAGGAAGCUACGUGGGGAAGCAUUUCCGCAUGGGAUUUAUGACAAUGCCUGCUCCUCAGGACAGACUGCCACAUCCUUGUUCCAGUGGCUUUGCCGUGAGAUCACAGUCUCUUCAUUCUGUUGGAGGAACUGAUGAUGAAAGUAGCAGCUCUCGCAAGCAGCCACCACCUAAACCUAAGCGAGAUCCCAACACCAAAUUGAGCACCUCAUCUGAAACAGUCAACACUGGAACAACAAGUAAGAGUGGGAAACUACCGGAUAGGACUGAAGCGUCAGCCAAACCAAGACCUCACAGUGAUGAAUAUACAAAGAAGAUUCCACCUCCUAAACCGAAACGAAAUCCAAACACUCAGCUAAGCACAUCUUUUGAUGAAACUUAUAUCAAAAAGCAUGGCCCUAUGAAGACACCACUCACUAGGGAUGCCUCCUUGUCACAGGUCAGCAGUCCUGCCCCAGACACAGAGGAAGAAGAGCCUGUAUAUAUCGAAAUGGUUGGGAAUAUACUCAGAGACUUCAAAAAAGAUGAGGAUGACCAAAGUGAAGCAGUCUAUGAGGAGAUGAAAUACCCUAUAUUUGAUGACGUAGGCCAAGAUUCAAAAUGUCAAUGUGAAUAUGACCAUCACACUUGUUCUUCUCAGUGUGCUACUCCCACAGUGCCUGACCUAGAUUUCACCAAGUCUUCAGUGCCAUCUACUCCCAAGGGCUUGCUUUGUGAUAUACCCCCACCAUUUCCAAAUCUGCUUUCUCACAGACCUCCACUGCUGGUGUUCCCACCAGCACCAGUGCAGUGUUCCCCAAAUUCUGAUGAGUCUCCUCUAACUCCGCUAGAGGUCACAAAGCUUCCCGUUUUAGAAAAUGUGUCUUACAUCAAACAACAAGCUGGAGCUUCUCCAUCUUCAUUGCCACCUCAUACACCAGGCCAUCAAAAACUGGAGAAAGAGCAGAUAGUAUCUCAUGGAACUAGCACUCCUGGGCACACCUCCUCACCUCCUCAUCCUUCUACCUUAUACAGAACACAGUCUCCACAUGGUUAUCCUAAAAGUCACUCUGCCUCACCCUCUCCUGUCAGUAUGGGUAGGUCUCUUACCCCUUUAAGCCUCAAAAGACCUCCACCUUAUGACUCUGUACAUUCAGGAAGUCUCUCAAGAAGCUCCCCAUCAGUGCCUCAUUCUACAGCCAGAAAUACAUUGCAAGAAGGAGGAAAGAUGGUAAAUGUCUCGGUCAGUACGUAUGGGUCGACAUCUCAGAGUGGUUCCCGUUCUCGGACACCUACCAGUCCUCUGGAGGAACUAACCAGCCUCUUUACCUCAGGACGAAGUCUCCUGAGGAAGUCCUCCAGUGGCAGAAGAUCUAAGGAACCUGCAGAAAAACCGCUAGAUGAGCUGAAGAUCAGAAGUCACAGCACUGAACCACUACCAAAGCUGGAACACAAAGAGAGGGGAGGCCACCAUGGGACAGCUUCCUCCAGGGAGCCAGGGAAAGCUCAGGAAUGGGAUGGAACGCCGGGCCCACCCGUGGUCUCCAGCAGGCUGGGGAGAUCCUCUGUCAGUCCAACCAUGUUGGCUGGAAGCAACAGCUCAGAGCCUAAAGCAAGUUGCAGAUUAGGUCGGUCUGCGUCCACAUCAGGUGUGCCUCCUCCAUCCGUUACUCCGCUCAGGCAAGCCAGUGACCUUCAGCCGAGCCAGGUGACGUGUAUGCAGUGGUUGCAAGGGGACCAUACAAUGCUGGAUAUGAUUGAGAAAAAACGUUGCCUCUGCAAAGAAAUAAAAGCUCGACAGAAAUCAGAAAAAGGACUCUGCAAACAGGACAGCAUGCCUAUUUUGCCGAGUUGGAAAAAGAAUACCGGGACCAAGAAAUACAGCCCUCCUCCUUACUCCAAACAACAGACUGUUUUCUGGGACACUGCAAUUUGA